AUGAAUCACCUUCUGUUCGACUGCUGCAAGCAAAUGCUGCACCUUCGUCUGGACCACUGUGACACCGGGGACUGUUCUGUAUGGAAGAUCAAUGCGCCACAUUCGAAUCUCAGAGUUCUAGAAGUCUACUUAUCCAAGUUGAAAAAAGCUGAGGUGCUCUGCCUUCCAAAACUAGAGCGGGUCCGUUGGCAGGCUUGGUUGUUUUACGAGGCCCCCUUGUGUUUUGGUUCCGUCCCGUCACUCAAGGAAUUAUCCCUCAUCUGUGACGCAUCUCUCAUUCACCAAGACUUUAGUUUAAGCCAGGUUCUAGACGGUGCCACAAACAUACAUACUUUAACCUUAAACUUUCGAGGAGAAAAGAUUUGGAUGCAACCAGAAGGAAAACAACUAUGCACUGCAUUCAACAAGCUAAGAAAGCUGACCAUCCAUGGUAUUUUUAUAAAAUUUGACCUAUUAUGGACAUUAAAUCUCAUCGAAGCUGCUCCAUCUGUCAAGACAUUUGAUGUUGAGAUGUUUGAACAUCCAUGCCAAGAGGGUGAUGAAGCAAGAAUAAGAUGUUUUGGUGCUCAGAGAGUGGAACCUUCAUGGAAGUUGUCUAGGUUCACAAGCUGUCACAAGUGGCAAUUGAAAGAGUUCCAGUUUGGUGGUUUUAGGCCCCUACUGGAGCAACACUUUUUAUUUGUAAGUACUGUUAUGGGUCGAGCUCCAGACUUGAAGACAGUUCUUCUGACAGACGGUCAAUAUCCAUGCAAUGGUUGUGACACAAGAAUCCCAAUACCUCCUCCGGUAGGGGGCUUCUUUCCAACAUACAGGGAUGCCCAAGAAGCAAUAGCCAAGCAACUUAGAGAGAGGGCCCGGUCCUCAGCACAGAUAAUUUUCCGUAGUGGUUCGACAUACCCCUCGCGGGCAACCCGAUCAUAUAUUUAUUAG